AAUGAAAAAAUAAAAACAUCCUUCAUUUGGGUAACAUGAAUAACAGUUUGGAGAACUCCUUGAUAAACUUGAAAUACGUCAGAGAACACGAUCUAGGAUACUGUAAUACAAAUUUAUGGCAAUGGCCAACUGGGCUGACGUCAUGACACUCUCAAUUGCUUUGCGGAAAGUGUUAUUUCCGUUCGGUUAAACCUCACCACUCCUAUUCCUCCAUAGAGCAUCCGCCAUACAGUGACAACAAGGAUGCUACUAUUACUACUUAAACAAACGGUCCGAAAUAUUAUUAUGAAGUCUUAAAAUCUGUUUGCCGUAGCUAAGCUGGCAUAUCAAAGUCUAGGGAACCAGAUUUCAACAAUCCGACGCAAAUUUUGGGCUUGGUGAUAACACUGUAGUGUUUCUGUAAUUAUUACGAAAUUGUGUAGGUUUUACGCCCAUUUCAAAACUGAAAGAUUAUAUAAAAGACGCUGUGUCUCUUCCACUUUUUAAAGUAAAAGUAAAGGAACAAAAACAUCUCUGGACAGCGAACUGUCGAAAUGACUGCCAGUAUGUUUCGCCUCAGUGUUAUUUGUGUGUGGUGUUCGCUGCUUUUCUUUGGCUCCGACGGAUCAUUUUUCCUUAAAGGAAAGGAAAUAUUGCUGGCGGAACUUGAAUCAAAACUCGACAGACUGGAAAACAACGUGGAAAGGAUCGACGGACAGGUCCAAACUUUACAGGACAAAGAGGAUGAGGAGACAGAUGCAGCACCCCUUUAUCCGAUCACCUUUGCCGGCGCAAGCAGGGAAAAUACAUCCAACGGGACAAGAUUCACCGUCAGCUACAGGCAUCUAAGAAACGUAAAUGUUGUUAUGGAAUACAUGUUGUGGAAGAUUACACCACGAAAUGAACUCACAGGGGAAUUUGAAAAGCCGUAUUACGAAAUCAAGAGAGUGAACAAUCUUAAGACACUGGGCUCAGACCAGCUGCUUUCGACAAAUAUCACUGUCCAACGGAGAGGUUUAUUGUCAGCAAUUCCAUUGCAGUUGACUUCAGAAAAAUUCAGGUUUACUUUUAUGGCCUCCUUAUCUCUGAACAACCUCGACACCAAGGAUGCUUCCCAGUAUCGUAUCCCUGGCCAUCAUUUUGCUGUAACAAGUCCUGACCCUUUGCUUUACUGGGGAGAAGAGAAUCCCGUUCUAGAGGUCACAGUUCAAGGACCCAAACGUCUCGAGGUCCUUUCUAGUAUGGCCAUAACUAUUCAGUACUUGAACGAAGGUAAUAGUGAAAAGGAAGUGUCGGAGAAGACAUGCCAUUUAAAAGAUGAGACGGACACAGUCUGCGCUUCCAUCUUGAGAGCGGAAUAUCGGAGUUCGAAGAAGAUAGCGAUCACCAUUAAAACAUCGAAGAUUCUACCGGUGGGCGUUUCAAGGAUCAGCACGAUUAAAGAACUCCGAGGAGAACUUGUGACCAAAGUAGAGCUCACGACACUUGUCUCCAUACGCCCGUUAGCUGCAGCAGAGAAUUAUCCUGCUGGUGUUAACAUAGUAGAGAUGCUUCCUCCGGUGUGCGUCAGCGAUACGUGUGACGUGUCGUGCAAGAUCUACGGAGAAGCCGUGUAUCCUCAGCUUUCAAGAGGGGAAAGAAAAGAAAAGUUGACAAGCGGUCUUAUAAACAGUACAUCGAUGACUGGCUCGAGUAUUACCUCCACCUGGUCCCUGAAACGGAGAGGAAAAGACGUCAAAGCUGAGAACGUGACAUGUACUGGUAAACCCUCUGGUAGUGAUAUUUCAAUGUCCAGGACGAUGACCAUCAUUUACCAGGACCAGUUUACACCAGGGCCGCAUCUUUAAGCAGAACAAACACCUGUUGUGUAACACACAGCGCACACUGCCAAUUUCAUUUGAUUGAGUCGGGGACAGUCAGGUUUUUUUCAUGAAUCGGGCAAAAGUCAUUAUUUUGGCACAAUUCGAUCGAACUCAACAAAAUUUGGCUGUGACUUUUGAAAACGCGUUUGCAUUUCAAGGUCGUAAGUAGAAUUCGGUCUAAUUGUGCCAAAAUGGAAACAUUUUCCUCUCAAUGAACGAAAGUUUGGCUGGCCCCCACAGGGUCAUGAAUUUGAUGGGCAGUUUGUACUGGGCAUUAUAUUUCAGAUUAUGUCCGAGUUCUUUUUUUUUUACAGAAUAUGUUACAACCUUAAAUGAGAUUGCCUGAUGCUAAUAUGUUUAAGCGAAACGAGAGCUGGAUGGGCUCCUGACAUUGCAAAAGAAUGAAAAUAUGUCUUAGGUUAAGGUAGUGUUGAUGUUUGAUACUCCGGUGUAUGCCAAAUUCCAAAAAUGAUGCUAUUAAUCCUUUAGGUUUUUUUAAAUUGAGAAGAACAAUUUCAUACCUUCACAUCUGACUAUAAUGUUUCAGGGCUCAAGUUGCGAUUCAUUUUUUUCUUCUAAGAAUUGUGUCAAAAUAGAGAGAAUAGCAGUCUUGGCGAUACAUGCAAAUUAAAUCAAGCGUGCCAUAUUAUUUCAAUGCCGUUCUGUAUUUACAAGCAGUGAAACAGGUGGUUUAACGCAUUGCAGUUAUGCAUUGUGGUCAUUUGACAAAGCUUUUAAAGAUGCUCCGUAUUGGGGCACUUUAAAUAAAGCGUAACUUCGUCAUUCAUGCAGAUCUUUCAAUUUUUAAUUUUUUUUUUUACCUUAAAUUUGAAAAGAUAGGAAACAAUAUGCUUACUGUGACAUAUUAUGCAAAGUCAUGUUUCCUGAUUUGUGCUGUUACCUCGUUGUUCUUGCUGCUGUUGAUUUCGCUCAUAGCAUUGACACUGUUGUUGCCGUU